AUGGAAGAGAAACCCAAACGUAUGGAUUUUAUUCCCCCAAAUCAACCAAUCUUAUUCCCUUUCCAACAAGGCGAUGAUGAGCUGUUCUUCCAAGCUUCAUCUACUCAUCAUCAUAACCUGCAACACAAAGACCCACCCCAAGAUGAUAUGCUUCUCAUGCCUCCUUCUUUACACUUCACUACUAAUGAUCCCUCUCUUAAUCUCGAUAUAACUGGAGUAGGAGGAGGAGGAAGGCUGAAUCCGAUUCCCAACUCUUUCGAUGAAACCUGCAGUAACGAGAAAAUUAAGAAAAGAAUUAUGCACAGAGAUUUGGAGCGACAAAGAAGGCAAGAAAUGACUACCCUUUAUGCUUCUCUUCGAUCACUUCUCCCUCUACAAUAUCUCAAGGGAAAGCGAGCUAUCUCCGAUCACAUGAACGAGGCUGCAAAUUAUAUAAAUGACAUGCGCAACAGAAUUCAACUACUUAGUGGUAAGAGAGAUGAGCUCCUCAGAAACAUACCCAAUUCAGGCGCUACCGCCACCGCCGACAUCAAUUGUCCACUGCCGCAGCCGCCGCCGCCGGCAGAGUACUUUGUCACUGUCCAGCCUUGUUUGGAUGGUGUGGAAGUUAUUAUUAGCAGCAGUGGUGGGUUGAGGGGAAAUGGAGAGGAGUUUCAUCCAUUGUCGAGGGUGCUGAGAGUGCUGGUCGACCAUGGGUUUAGUGUAAUUAGCUGUGUUUCUACUACAAAGGAUGAGAGAUCAUUUCACACUAUUCGUUCCGAGGUUAGCGAUCUCACAACUGUGGAUCUGUACCGGCUACAGCAGAUACUGACUGAUUUGAUGGCUUCCUCUUCCUCGAGGACUCUGGACUCUCUAUCCAUGUGGGAUGACGAGGGCCAAUGA